AUGCAUAUGCAUGACAUACAUGAAUAUACACGUAGGCCAUACAAGCGGAAAAUAAAAAUACUCGGCUUAUCAUUAAGCAUUUGCGUUGGAAGAACUGACAAAGGCAUUCCAUCAAGUGUCUUAGCGCCAUUUCGUAUCCUAAAAAUCGUUCGACAGUCAAUGCAACGCGCAACAGUAGUACAUUGUUCAGCAGGUAUUGGUAGGACAGGUUGCAUUGUUGCGAUUGAAAUGGGCCUGCAACAAAUUUUAUCAGGAAAACCUUUAUCACUUGUGGAACUGAUCAAACAACUAAGAACUAUGCGUAUGAGUUCUAUUCAAACCGACGAACAACUUGUAUACGUUGGACGAUGCCUACUUGCGUAUGCAGAAGCUUGUGGACUUCUAAAUAUGAAACCAGAAUUGCAGGAGUCAACUGACAAAACAAAGCGGAAAAAUUCUGCACUGAGUACGAUGCCAGAUUUUCGUCCAAAAAAGGUGAUCAAGCUGGAUUAGCA